AUCGUAUACGUGAUCUUUUCCCCCUCUAGAGUAGUGCAGAUACCCCUCGUUGCUUUUUUGCUACUGCUACUUAUAUCACCCGUCUGGACGUUGCUCCUCCUCCUCCUCACCUUUGCUCUUGCUACUUCUCAGACCAUCUUGCUUGGAAUAUCUCAUCCCACCUGCUAAGGGAUUAUAUAUAGAAGUUACACACAUCCCGCCUUGUACCGGUGGUAAAGGAAGUUUCCUCGGGAGACAUCUUGGGCAACACUAAUUCUACAAUCAUGUCUGCAACUGAAGAGGCAAAGGCUGCAUGGGACUCCCAUGUCGACACCCGUACAGGAAUCGAGCCACCAAAGGCAGCUGAUGCAUCCGAGAUCAGCACCCUGCGGAGCGCUAUUGGCGCCCCGUUUCGCGCUGCUGCUGGCUUGAUCGGCGCCGUCACAGCUCCAGUCCCCGACCAAACGGGUGAUGGUUCCAAGAUUCCACCAGAGGAAAAGGCUAGCCUUUACAAGAAGAUCGAAGGCGGUCUCCGAGACAUGUCUCACCUCGGCAUCGAGAACAUUGGGUCAUUGCUUGAGAUCCAAAAGGAGAAGAUGCUUGGUAGCUACACCGAUGACAAGACUUAUCUCAUGGAAGGUCUGAUCAGAACUGCUGCCGCGUUGCCGGAUGGGUCCAAGACGAGGGACGCCGUUACCGCAAAUUUCCUAUCACAGCUGUGGAAUGACCUGCAGCACCCACCUCAGUCAUAUCUCGGUACCAAGUACCAGUACCGGUCAGCAGAUGGCUCAAACAACAGCCUCGUAAACCCUCAGGUUGGUGCGGCAGGGACACCGUACGCUCGAACAGUGAAACCUAUCACGAUGCAGACACCUGCUCGACCGGAUCCAGGCGUCAUAUUCGACAGCAUCAUGACGAGGAAGCAUGCCGAGCUUCACCCCAACCGUAUCUCAAGUAUGCUCUUCUACCUCGCGUCCAUCAUUAUCCACGACUGUUUCCGAACCAGUCACGAAGACUACUCCAUCUCCAUGACCUCCUCAUAUCUCGACCUCUCGCCCUUGUAUGGUAGCAACCAAGCCGAACAGGAUAUGAUGAGGACUGGAAAGGACGGAAAGAUCAAGCCAGAUUGCUUCUCGGAAUCGAGACUACUCUUCUUCCCUCCUGGUGUCGGUGCUCUGUUGAUCAUGUUUGGUCGUUUCCACAACUACACCGUGGAGAACCUGGCCGAAAUCAACGAGCAGGGACGCUUCACAAAGCCCUCUGCUGAGGUACCAAAGUCGACUGGUGAUGUUGAGGUCGACAAGAAGACACAAGAAAAGUACGAUGCGGCGUGGAAGAAGUACGACAACGACUUGUUCCAGACUGGCCGACUGAUCACAUGCGGUCUGUAUGUCAAUACUAUCUUGAUCGAUUACGUCCGCACAAUCCUCGACCUCAACAGGACCGACAGCAACUGGCAGCUCAAUCCCCGAUCCGAGGUGGAGGGUUUGCCGAUGGGUAUCGGUAACCAAGUCUCUGCAGAGUUCAAUCUUGUAUACCGAUGGCACUCGACUGUGUCCGACCGCGACGAGAAAUGGACACAGGAAAUGUGGGAGGGUAUCUUUGGCGAGGACUGCGACCCGAAGUCCAUCGGCAAACACGAGUUCCUUGGCCGCCUCAACGAGGUCUACAAGAAGACCGACCGUGAUCCGUCAAAGCGUGAAUUCGCUGGUCUGAAGCGAAAUGAAGACGGCACAUUUCCCGAUCAAGGUCUUGUAGACAUCUUGACUUCUAGCAUCGAAGACUGCGCCAACUCGUUCGGACCAAAUCGAGUACCUUCUGUGUUCCGCGCCAUUGAGGUUCUUGGUAUUGAGCAAGCACGUAGCUGGAACUUGGGAUCUCUCAACGAGUUCCGCAAGCACUUCAAGCUCGAGCCACACAAGACAUUCGAAGACAUUACGUCUGACAAGUAUGUCCAAGAGCAACUCAAGCACCUCUACGAUACCCCGGACAAGGUUGAAAUCUACCCAGGCAUGGUUGUGGAGGAUGCCAAGAAGCCCAUGGCACCCGGUUCUGGACUCUGCACCAACUACACCAUUUCCCGAGCUGUGCUAUCCGACGCCGUGGCCUUGGUACGCGGCGACCGAUUCUACACGCAAGACUACAACCCCCGCACCUUGACAAACUGGGGCUACAAUCUCGCAGACAGCGACAUCGGCAUCGACAACGGCUGUGUAUUCUACAAGCUCUUCCUACGUGCUUUGCCACAACACUUCAAGUACAACAGCGUCUACGCACACUACCCGCUCACCGUCCCGUCGGCCAUGCAAAUCGCUCUCACCGACCUGAAGAAAGACCACCUAUACGACUUCUCCAAGCCGGUAGCAACGCCACACCCACACAUUGUCAAAGAGUACAAGCUGGCCACUCAGAUCAUGAAAGACCAGACCAACUUCAAGGUAGUCUGGGGCAGGGCAAUGGAGUACAUAAUGGGACCCACAGCCGCCGACUUCAUGCUCGCGGGCGACGGACCCAAGAACACGGCCUCGCGCCAAAUGAUGAGCAAAGCGCUCUACAUCUCCGACUGGGAUAAGGAAGUCCGCACCUACUACACACUAAAGAUGCAACAGCUCCUCCAAGAGAAAGCCGCCAAAAUCGCAGACUUCAACCAAGUCGACAUCAUCCGCGACGUCGGCAACCUCGCCCACGUGCACUUUUGCUCUGAACUCUUCAUGCUGCCCUUAAAAACCGACGACCGCCCCUACGGCAUCUUCACCGAAGCCGAACUCUACCUCAUCAUGUCCUCGGUCUUUGCCCUCAUCUUCUUCGACGCCGACCCCGCCUCCUCCUUCCCCUUGCACGUCAAAGCACGCAAAGCAACCCAAAUCCUCGGCACCAUCGUGGAGAAGAACGUGGCCGCCAUCGCAAAAAGCGGCAUCCUAUCCUCCAUCAUCCAAACCAUCUGGCCCCAUGAAUCCGUGCUGAAAUCCUACGGCGUCCACAUGAUCAAACGUUUGUUGGAAACGGGUAUGGAGCCUAAACAGCUGGUCUGGGGCCAUAUCCUAGGUACGGCGGGCGGCAUGGUAUCGAACCAAGGCCAGCUCUUCGCUCAAACGCUAGAAUACUACAUCCUAGGCGCGGGCCAGAAACACUGGCCGGCGAUCCAGGCUCUCGCCGCGCAAGACGGCGAAGAAGCGUUUGAGACUCUCAUGCAUUACACCAUGGAAGCCGGGCGGUUAAACGGUGAAACUGGCGUUAUCCGCGCUGUUGCCCACCCUACACCUCUCACCACCGCCGACGGAACGACUACCACGUUAUCCCCCGGCUCAACUGUCUUCGUCAAACUUCGCUCUGCAUCGCACGACCCGGCUGUUUUCCCUAACCCUGACGAAGUCGACAUCACGCGUCCGCUCGACUCGUAUAUCCACCUCGGGUACGGUCCGCAUCAGUGUCUGGGGCUGCCGAUGACGAGGGUGGCGUUGACGACGAUGUUGAAAGAAGUGGCCAAGCUCAAGAAUUUGAGACCGGCCAAGGGCCCACAGGGCAAGAUACACAAGGUUGAGAAGAGGAUGGAGAAGGUUGCGGAGGAGGAGUAUGUGUAUCAUGCUUAUUUGACGGAGAAUUGGGAUAUGUAUUUUCCGUUUCCUUGUGCGCUCAAGUUGUGCUGGGAUGAUUAGGUGGUAGGUGGCGAGAUUGUUGUUGGCGAUCGGCGGACGUCGAUGCUGGAAGGAUAGCGGCGUACAUGGUACUAUCAGACAGACAUCAAAGCCGGAUAAAGCUACAGCGAACACGGAUACAAACAGAAAAAUACAACACAGGAGGAGCAGAGAAGAGCAAGGGGUAUGAGAUGGUAGAUGGUAGAUGGUAGACGUAGUUAUCCUUCCCCCUUCACCUUUCCCUUUCUCACCUUUCCCACAUCUUCUUCUAUCCACUUUUACCACUCCCUAAUUAUCGGACUAUCCUGGUUUUCGGUUUCCGUUUUUAGGCUUUUGGGUUUUUAGGGAAAUGUGAUGAUGAGUAUGUU